AUGGCUGCUGCAAAACUCCUGAAAGCUCCUAAUGUGUUCGCCACGUUCAUCCGGGGCGGCACUAGCAAAGCCCUCUUUUUCCAUGCAAAGGACCUUCCCAAAUCAGGGACAGCCAGAGAUAAGUUUCUCAUACGUGUCAUGGGAUCGCCUGAUCCCGGCCAAAUUAACGGAAUGGGCGGCGGACGCAUCAAUCGCAAGAGAGUGGUCAAAAUCUAUAACACUGGGACGAGCGCAAUUUUGAUUGCCCAUGUUCCGAUUGAUGCUUCAAAUGGGCGAGCACUAGAGAAGGGUGACUAUUCGAUAUCUGGAUGUCCCGGGACCGGUGCUCCUAUUUUAAUGGACUAUUCACAGACAGCAACACCUGAACGAAUGCUACCCACUGGCAACCCGAUAGAUACACUCGAAUGCACAUUUGGCACAGUCGAAGCUACGUACUGCGAAGUUGGCAAUGCUAUCGCGUUCAUCGCUGCGCAAGACCUCGGCAUUCAAGGCAACGAGACAGUGAGCGCCAUUGACAGCAAUUCUGAGCUCAUCGCUCGCGUCCGAGAAGUUAGAGGACGGAUAUCUGAGAAGCUUGGCAAAUGCAAAGCCUGGAAUCAGGUUGAUGAACAGUCCCCGAUGCUUCCGAUGGUUGCCUUGGUCUCAAAGCCAACGUCGGAAGAGGGACAUAUUCAAGCGCGCCUGUUUCUUGAUAAUCAUUGUCACCCAAGUAUGGCCGGGACAGGAGGGGUUUGUACGACUGCUGCCAGCCGGAUCGAAGGUUCAGUCCUCAAUCGUCUGUUGAGUCCUGCCACAUUAGCCUGUGGCACUCUCAAAAUCCAACAUCCCGCGGGCCAUCUCCCAAUGUCUGUUGAAACCAUAGCUGCGGGACAAGGGGAAAAGUUGCCUGCUUUCAGCGUUUUGGGUUUCGUCCGCACUGCGAGAUAUAUCUUCCAGGGGCAACUGUUUGUUCCCAGCGAUAUCUAG